UUUAUAGGACAAAAUAAAAGUCUCCUUAUCGGUUCUUGAAUCCAAAGCUAUUGAUCUCAAAAACUUGGUAAACAAGAAAGAAAAGGAACUUGGAGACAUAGAGGAAGAUGCUUAUAGUUUGGAACAGUAUAUUAUGCAAGAAUUUGCAAAACUGCACCAAUUUCUUCAUGAUAAGGAACAAACACUAAUCCAGCAGCUUAAGGAUGAAGAAGCAGAAAUUCUGAAAGAGAUGCAGAAAAGUGUUGAAAGUAUAAGAAUUGAUGUUAUGGCCACCCAUGUGACUGUGUCUGAUGCAAGUUUGGAGCUUGGGAAAAAAGUCAUAGGAACUCUGAAAGAAACUGAAGAAAAUUCUGUUGUGACCAUUCAGAAAGUGAUUUCCAAGGAUAUAUUGGAACCUGUAAAUCAAAAAACUACCUGUUUUCUAACAGCACCAGAAACAUUUGAGGAUGUUGCUGUCACUUUCUCAGAAGAAGAGUGGAAGAUGUUAACUAAACAAGACAAAGACCUACACAGGGAAGUGAUGGUGCAGAACUAUGAAAGCUUGGUAUCAGUAGGGUACAAAAUCCUCCCUGAAAAAUUAUUACUGCUACUUAAACAAGAUUCUGAUGAACAGCCAAAGUGUGAUGUGGAGGGAAAACAUAUCACAAAACAGCAGGGUAAUCAAGAAGGUGGCUUCAGCAGUAUUGAAAGCAUGGAGUCGAGUGCAAGUUCCAGUCUGCAGUCUUCACUUGCAGAACCCAAGUUACAUCACUCAGCAGCGAACCUGCAGAAGUGUGCUGAGUCUGGACAGGACAGUGGCAAGUAUCAUGUCAUGCCUGCAUCACAGCUUCACUCAGGAUGUAACUGCAGCCAGAGCUGUGGAUGUGCCACAAAUCAUAGUGUCCACAUAGGGAAGAAACUAUAUACUGGUGCUGAAAGCACCAAGUGGCUUUCACAUAACAGUAGCAGUAAUCUGAUACACUGUCAGACCAUUUACAAAGUGAAUCCUCCUCCUGUGGUCCAGUCCUGUGAUGGUAUGAUGGUUCCUAAACAUUUGAAGGAAUUAAAAAGGAAUAAACCUUAUAAAUGUGCCGAAUGCAGUAAAUGUUUUUCAUAUAACAUUCAGCUGAUACACCAUCAAACUGUUCACACAGGGAAGAUAUUAUAUAAAUGUACUGAAUGCAGCAAGUGUUUCACUCAAAAGUAUAAUCUACAAUGCCAUCAGAAGUUACAUGGAAGGGAGAAACCAUAUAAGUGUGCUGAGUGCAGUAAAUAUUUUACACGUCUUAGUAGCCUUCAGCGGCAUUGCAUCAUUCACACAGGUGAAAAACCAUACAACUGUAUGGAAUGCGGGAAGUGUUUCACACAAAGUGCACAUCUAAAAGAACAUCAGAAUACGCACCGCGGGGAAACACCAUAUAAAUGUACAGAAUGCAGUAGAUGUUUUACACGUCUUAGUAGCCUUCAGCGGCAUCUUAUCAUUCACUCAGAGAAAAAACCAUACAGUUGUAGUGAGUGCAAUAAGUGUUUUAUAACAAAGGGACAACUAACUACUCAUCUCUACUCUCACUCUGGGGAGAAACCAUAUAAAUGUGUUGAAUGCAAUAAAGGUUUCACAAGUAAGACAUCAUUGAAACACCAUUCGAACUGGCACAGAGGGGAGAAACCAUAUAAAUGUGUUGAAUGCAGUAAAGGUUUCAUAUGUAAGAACUCAUUAAAAUACCAUCAGAAUGUGCACAGAGGGGAGAAACCAUAUAAAUGUGUAGAAUGCAAUAAAUGUUUUACACAUCCUGGUAGCCUUUGGUACCAUCAUGUCAUUCACGUAGACAUUAAACUAUAGAAUUGUAAUGAAUGCAAUAAUGUUUUAUAAGAA